UCCGAUGCACUCAUCACAAUAGCCAAAAUACUGUAACUUAUAGUACCGUGCGCAGCAGACAAUGAUCUCAAUGAAAGAAUCAUUAUAAUAUUGCAACUUACAGUGUAAGAAAGGUUCCAAAAUCCAACAUUGAUACAAAUAUUUCCUGAAACGAUCAACAGUUAUGCAAAUGAUCACUUAACAUGCCCUUACUUAACAAAAUAGUUUGGAGUUCUAUCAUACUAUUUGGUAAGCACAAAGGACUCGCUCGUUUAAGAAAAAGAAUAUAAAAUUUUAGAUAAGUUGGCGAAAUAUGCUCUGUUUGCAGCUACGUGGACUCCAUUAAAGAGUUUUAUGAGAAGAGAAUGUCGCAUAUACGUAUAACGCGGUGAUGGUCGGAAAGAAGUGGGAAGAUAACGAACUAGGCAGUAGCGAAAGCCUGGGUAGUACACACCCCCAUAAGGUAAGUGUUGUACCUUUACCGACCGAGCACCCGCUACUGCUGCGAUCACACUCCAGUCGCAAUUAAUAUAUAGUAUCUUGCACACAGUGAUUUAACUUCAGUAUUUGGCUAUGCGGUAACUCUUCUAUGCCCUUCAUCUUGAGGGUAAUUUUCCAUUCAUGAAAGUGUAGCGAAGAUACUAUUUUUGCAUUAUUGCAAAUGCGAAUACGUUUAUGGGCAGAUGUCGAUGAAAGACUGCACGCGCAGUGCUGUGAAUGGACGAAUAGAGAGAUAGAUCAGUGAAAAAAUAGGCAGCAAAACAGGCGAACAAACCUGUAAAUAAAUAGACCGAUCGAGGCUUGGCUCUAUGAUCAGACGAGAAAAGAAAAGCAGGGACUGCGAUUGAGCAGACAGAUGAUAAUGGAAAUAUGUAGAGACUGAAAGAUUUCACUAAAUCCAAUCGGAAUAUUUUCAAUCUACUUAUACAACUAAUAAAUUAAAGCACAAGCCCGUUAGCUCGAAGCCAACUUGAAAGAUUUAUAAAUGUGAAAAGCAAAAAAUGAAUUUUAAUGAAAUUCAAAAUCCAGUUUAGAAAGCAGACUUUAAACAUAUGUACAUUACGAACACGUAAUAAUUUACAUUGCGGAAGUGCUGCCAAAUUAAGUAUUACACUUAACAAACAACAACUACAAAGACUCCAACAAAACCAACAAUAACAAUAACAAAUACACCGCAUUAUGGCAGUCGUGCAUGUCCUGUGUUGGAUAAUUUUCCUUUCAACGAUAUCAGCCCUGCCAGAAAUACCAUCGAAAGGCAAACAUACACGCGGUGGCGGUGGUGUUGGUGAAAUAUCGCAAACAUCAGUUGAAGAUUCUGAUAUGCCACGUUUUGCUGAACCGGUAGCAAAUGUCACUGUAUCAGUGGGUAGAGAUGCUUUGCUAGCAUGUGUUGUGGAAAAUUUAAAAGGCUACAAAGUAGCUUGGGUUCGUGUCGAUACUCAGACCAUACUUUCUAUACAUCAUAACGUUAUAUCACAAAAUAAUCGCAUUAGUCUAACAUAUAAUGAUCAUCGUUCAUGGUAUCUGCAUAUUAAGGAAGUCGAAGAAACAGAUCGUGGCUGGUAUAUGUGUCAAGUUAAUACUGACCCUAUGCGUUCACGGAAAGGCUAUCUACAAGUAGUAGUACCGCCUCUGAUAGUGGAAACUAUGACAAGCAAUGAUAUGGUGGUGCGUGAAGGCUUAAAUGUUACGUUAAUGUGUAAGGCUCGCGGCUAUCCGGAGCCAUAUGUAAUGUGGCGUAGAGAGGAUGGCGAAGAAAUGCUAAUAGGCGGUGAACACGUUAACGUCGUUGAUGGUGAACUUUUGCUUAUAACCAAAGUGAGUCGUUUGCAUAUGGCUGCUUAUCUAUGCGUAGCUUCAAAUGGUGUACCACCCUCCAUUAGUAAACGUGUACAUCUACGCGUACAGUUUCCUCCCAUGCUUUCCAUACCAAAUCAGUUGGAAGGUGCCUAUGUAGGUCAAGAUGUCGUACUAGAAUGCCAUACUGAAGCAUAUCCAGCUUCGAUAAAUUAUUGGACCACCGAAAGAGGAGAUAUGAUUAUAUCAGAUACUUCACGUGCUGGUGAUAAAUAUGAAACCACUUCCACGGUAAGUGGUUAUACAAAGUAUAUGAAAUUGAAAAUACGUAAUGUAGGGACCAAUGAUUUUGGUACCUAUCGAUGCGUAGCAAAAAAUUCAUUGGGCGAAACGGAUGGCAACAUUAAACUUGACGAAAUGCCUGCUCCCACUACAGCCAUCAUAUCGGAAAUGGCGAUGUUGAAUCGCAGUUUAGAUGGCAAACGACGCAAUAGAAACAAAUUAGAUUCAAAUGUUUUACCAGACUACGGUGUGGAAGAGUGGCGUGAUGGUGCCGGAACUGGCGGCAACAAUAAUAAUCACCAGGCAUCAAUGCGUAAUCCACCCGAUGCAUUUCACAAUUCGGCUCGCGGAUUGGCACAAUACAAUCUACUCAAUGGUAUAAUUCAAGCAUUUAAAAUGCAAUUGUCGAGCUUUUUUAAGGGUCUUAUGUAUUACACGAAAAGUCUGCUGCAGACAUUAAAGACCACUCUAGAUAAAAUUGAAACAAUUGCAAACUAUCAACAAUACGUGAAGAAACCUCAGUGUGAGACGAAAAGAAUAGCAACAAAAAUAAUAUCAACAAGAAGAAUGCUAUACAAAAACACAAGAGCAACUACAAAAAGAGAGAACAAUUACAAAAAGGAGGCAAAGAAACUGUUACCGACAAUGAUGUUGAUAUUAUCAACAGCUUUGCAUGUAACAAUAAAGCAAGAAAUGAGAAAAAACCAUUUUAAUAUAAAGCGAAAGGACAAAGAAAGCCAAAGAGGUGAAGAUGGUGGUGGGGGUGGGGGAACAUCAACGGAGACAGUUGUCAUAAGUAUAGCGAAACAAAGAAUAUGUGGCUUAAUGCGGCUUCAUUCUCAUUGUUGUUGCUCAAGCAAAGCUAACAGUAAAAAUAGUUACAACUGUGAUAACAGCAACAGCAUCGACGUCUGCCACGGAAGCUGGCAAAAUAGCAAAUGUUCUACAUACCCAAGGCCGUACGCAAAUUGCCAAUUUCAAGCACUCUGCAAUACGGUAACGCCAAAUGGAAAUAAUUGCGCUCAGAGGCCUAUUUUCACACAAAAACAGCAACAACAAAUCAUUAGCUAUUCAUUUUACGGCGAAAAUGGUAUUUAUAAACAGAACGAGAACACGACGCUACAACUUGCGACAAACAUAAAUGCCGUUAACUUGGGGAACCAUGCGUUCUGCCUAACAAUUGUCGUAACCGCGUGGUUGGUGCUCUUGGUGACGAUGUUAGCCAGCGGCAAUUGCAGCAAGUUCCAUGUAAUUGGCAUUUUUAUUGUUCAACCAAAAAUUGAAGACAACGCCACCGGCAGCCCCACCGUACAUAAUCAUUCAGUCAGCACUCAACCUCGUAUGGAUAACGUGUACAACCUCUUAAUGGUCGAUAGUAACCUCUCUCCUAAACAAAAUCGACAUUUAAAUGCUUACAGCAUAUCAAAAACAACAUUAAUAGGACGAGCAAUAGCAACAACUAAAGUGGCGACAAACCUUACCGACAACAUUGACAUUUCAAAAUUUGAAAUCAUUUCACGUUUAAUGGUACAGGACAACGGUGGCGAUGAUGGUGACGGCUUAAAUAAUUUCGUUUGGCAUUGGUUUGCGUACACAUCUCAAUGGUUGUUCUUAUCAUCAAUAUUUUCAAAUAAUAUCACUCUGUCGUUACUCUUAUUACGUUUAGCAACAAUUGAUAGAUGAAAUGCAUUAGAUUAAAAAUUUCAUUUUGCAUAAAAUGCCCGCAUACACAGCAACUGAAAAAUUCAUAGAAAACACUCUAUAACGAUAUUUAGUUUAUCUUUGAUUUAUGCCAUUUCGAAAGAGCGUGAAAGGAAAGGAUAUUAUUUAUACAUCUCGUUAAAAAUGAAUUUUAAAUUUUUUUUAUAAAAAAGAAAGCGCAUAAAUAGACUAAAUUUUAAAAAUUUCAUGUAACAUACCGCAAAAGACAUUCUUCCAACUCCGAUUAUAUCGAUCGCAUUAAAAAUGAUUUUUAAUCAACCUAAGAAUGUUCAUCGCAUUUCUAAGCGUUCAUUUCAAACCGUACAUGUUUCAAUAAUAUAUUCGCAAAUUUCAGCAUAAAUUUGCCUCUGGUGUAAUAUUCUGCUCGGAUCAUUCCAUGAAUGGUUAUUCGACUUCAAUGGAAAACCGCUUAGAAAAGGGUUUUAAUUAUUUGGACAUACACCGAAGAAAUUACAGAUAGCCUAAGGGUACGCAUCCAUAACGAACCCCCCGAAAGUGAUAUAUACACCUUUGCAUCUUAAAAUUUUGAGGCACAAGGUCGAUGUGGGCGUUUAAUAUGCAAAAAAUGUGAGAAUUCUUAAGCUUUAACUCAAGCCUCUAACUUUCCGAAAAAGUAAAACAUUUUCGCCAGCACAGGCUCUUGGAGUAAUUCAGUUUUAAAGCAACGUACAUGAUCGAAAAUCAUAAAAGAAACAAAACAGACGUCAAUUUCAUUAUGGAUUUUAUCUAAAAUUUUCAAUAAAAAUAAAAAUCAAUCCAAUAAAAUUCAAGGCACUUUACGUCUUCAUUGCAAACCACUACUUAAGUCUAUCACCUUUUUCUAUGUAUACAUGUCCCUUCUGAUCUAUUGGUCGAAAGAUAUUCAUGCGACAUGAGAUUCUCUUUUUCGCCCUGCCAUCGAAAGUGAGAAAGGUAAUGGUUUAGGAUUGCGUAGGGUAUAAUUUUGACCCAGCAAGAAAAUAUCCCGUUUUCUCUUCAUAUUCUCUUACCACAAUAUGCCUCCUAAAUUGAAAUUUUAAACUGAUUAAAGAUAUCUAGGUAGUCGGUCUAAAAUUUUUCUAAUAUAUAUAAUGAACUUCCAACUUUUCAGCAAUUAAAAGAAAUUUACACAAUAUUUUGUACAAUUUUUAUUUAAAUAUUUCGAAAAUUCAACCUUUAUAGGCGUGAAAAAAGUAUCCUCACAGCACUCACUAUAGCUCGUAAUAAAUUCAUUUGACUUCAAAACCCAAGCAUUCUCUGUUAAUAGGUGGGAAUAGCUCGUGAGUCGGCAAAAAAUCUUCGAAAAAUGUCAAAUUUUUCGAUAAAUUUACACCAUGGGUUGGCUUGCAAAUUAGGUCGCAAUCAAUCCCUAGUCAAUCCUAUUUGGAAAGAGUACGCAAACUCUUAACAAGGUUGAUGUAUUAAUUUCGGAAAAACCCCGUCAACCGAAGCGAUCUUUCCUACAGUUUUACUCCAAUAGAACUGAAAUUAUUAGAAAAAAUGUCUUAAGUAUCCAAAGCAAUGUAAAUUUUUAAUGCGUUACUGGAGAACAAACUCCUUACUUUAACGGUAUGGUAUAGCAUUUGGAAUAUUUAGUCUACGAUUACUGUACGCAAUAUUGUUAAGUUACAUGCAAUAAAUCAAUAGGCAAACGGAAAUUCAUUUCAUUUAGGCGCUUAUUGAGCGAUUAUUAAAGAUAUGGAAAGCGAUAAAUUAAGUAAAUUAUUAUUUGCUAUGGUAUUUGUAAUGCAAUUCGUUUAUUUUUCUUCUU